AUGGAGGACCGGAAUAAAAUGGACGUUGCCUCCGAAAACUUGGAAGCCUCACUGGACUGCACACGUCUGCUGGAUGAAAUAGAAGAGCUAGAAGCACGUCUGACAUUACCGUUUUCACUAAAAUUGUCUCAAACUGCUCUAGGUAAAUUUCUUUCCUUGUUUAUUUUUAAGUUCUGGCAGUCGCUGACCGCGGAAGCGUGGAGUCUGCGUGCCUCGAAGCACCCAUUUUUCUCUAAGAUCCCCCCCCCUCCGGAUCUGUCAGGUUAUACCAACACGAAAGCCAUGGAAAGCCAAUUGCGCCUAAUGGAAGAAUACCGAAUAGCCGCGAAGCGGAAGCUAAAGCGCAUGUCCGCGAAGGAGCGGGCUCGCAUCAUCGAUAGUGUCCGCACGUAUUCAUUUACGGAACUUCUUCGCCAACAUAUUCGUUCUGUCGCUGUCUCGCGGGGAGAUUGUGGUUCUGACACAGAUGCGACCACUGAAAUGGAUGACCUUCAAAAGACUUUGUCAGAAGACGAAGAUGCUGUAGUUGAUGAGGACAACGAAGAGGAAGAUGAUGACCUAAUGCGUCUAGUUCGUCGUCAAAGGGAGGCCUUUAGCGCCAGAAUGGCAGCUGGCCGACCUAGUAUUCGCCGGAACGUUGGUGCAUCUCCUUCAGCUCGUCCUUUAACUCCGGUUGCUGUACCCACAACCACGUCUGCCCUUUCGAAGAACGAGCGCCUCUAUCGGACGUUGAUUAAGAAAUUCGUUGGGAAAGCCGCGCGCUUACGGGCCAACAUCCGACGCGAUAAACUGAUCAUGGCGAAGAAGGCUGCAAAGGAUUGUGCCAAAGCCGUACGGCAGCGUCAGACUCAAAAACCAUCCAAAGAUCUUGCAAAUCGUGCUCGAAGAUUGGCUAGAGAAAUAGCCGCUUACUGGUGCGUUCGUAGUGGUAGUGGCGUCAACGGUGGCGGCCAUCCACAAACCGGUAUGACAGAAGCGGGUGAAAUUGUUGGUGGCCCUGCAGAUGUUGUUGAGUCGGAGGUUGAAUCAGCGGCCGCAGCACGACGUCGUGCGGAGCGGGCGUUGGCGGAACAGAGAAAAGCCGAUCUAGAAUUGCUAGAGGCGCGGCGGCAGCAACGCAAGCUCAAUUUCCUACUCACCCAGACCGAACUCUACUCCCACUUCAUGGCCAAAACAAUGUCUGGUGGGGGUUCGGCUGGAGUCGAUUCGAUUCUCGAUCGACUUCAGGAAACACCGAAGGUCUCUGACAAAACGAGUGGCGCAGAACCUGCGCCAACCACUGCUCUCGCCGAAGCUGCCAAAGCUGCUGCGGGCAGACUUGGAAUUAAUGUCGAUGAUGAAUUUGAUGCUGAGACUCUGAAGGCUGAAGCACUAUCUCGCGUUCAAUCAGCCAUCGAGAAAGAGAGCCAAAUACGUAACGAGUUCGGUCAUGGAUUGCAGCAAGCUGUGGAGACAGAAGUGGAUAUUUCGAAGCCUCCCGCGCUGUUUAAAGGCGACUUGAAGACCUACCAACUGAAGGGACUGGCCUGGCUCCUCACCCUUUUCGACCAGGGCAUAAAUGGAAUCCUCGCCGACGAAAUGGGCCUUGGGAAGACUGUGCAGACGAUCGCCUUUUUGGGUUCACUUGCCGAGAAAUACAAUUUGUGGGGCCCCUUCUUAAUUGUCACUCCUGCCUCCACUCUGCACAACUGGACACAGGAAUUCGCCAAGUUCAUGCCGGAUUUUCGUCUGGUGCCCUACUGGGGUUCUCCAGCCGAGCGCAAGGUCCUCCGUCGCUUCUGGUCCCCUUCAGCUGCCUCCGAGGGCGCUCUCUUAGGCACUCGGGAGGCUGCCUUCCACGUCGUUGUAACUAGCUACCAAGUUGUGCUACAGGACGCCAAGUUCAUCAACAAAACAGCUUGGACGUACAUCGUGCUUGACGAAGCGCAUGCCAUCAAGAGCACGUCAAGCUUGCGUUGGCGCCUAUUGCUCUCUUUCAAGUGUCGCAAUCGUCUUCUUCUCACUGGUACGCCCAUCCAAAAUGCCAUGCGUGAGUUGUGGGCUCUCCUGCACUUCAUCAUGCCCGCCCUCUUUGAUUCCCACGACGAAUUCGCGGACUGGUUCUCGAAGGACAUCGAAUCGCAGGCUGCGAGCGGAGGUGGCGGUGAGUCGUCCGGAGGGAGUGGGGCCGUGACCACCCUGAACGAGAACCAACUCUCUCGCCUGCGCCUCAUAUUGAAGCCCUUCAUGCUUCGCAGAGUCAAAGCAGAGGUUGAGCAUGAAAUCACUGAGAAGGCAAGUGCCCUUUUCGUUAUUCGUGGUUCUGCAUGGAGAAGAACCCUCCAUGGGAUCGUGCGGUUGGCGUUUCAAUUGAGCAAAAUCCACAUUGAAGACCUCAACGCCGACGAUGCGACUCGAAGCGUCCUCUUUGUUUCCAAUCAAGAACAGGCUAGCAACCGGCUAAUGAACCUGGUCAUGCAGCUUCGCAAGGUCUGCAAUCACCCCGAUCUCUUCGACCGGCGGGAUGUUCGUUUCAGCUGCACGUCGGUGCGACCGUUUGAAGCAACGGGUGGAAACGGUCUUUGGUGGAUACCAAAGCUUCUCUUUGACGAAGGACUCGUCGCUGGACAAACGUGGCGUUUCCUGCGAUCCAUUUCAUUUGACUUGGGGUGUCAGGGUGACAGGAUGCGUGUGAUCUUCACAUAUUUUCUCAUUCUCACGGAUGCCUACCUCAUGAAGUCUUUCUGGCACUCUCAGGACCAUCAGCCAUUGUCCCACGAGUGUCAAUCUUUUGCGCGGUGCUUUUCUUCUGCUCGCUUGUUCGGCCAUCCACCCAGCGAGGACCCCCGAAACUACCUGCUUGCCAAAAAUCGAUCAGAUUCCCCGGUUGUUGUCCCAACAGAUCGACUACUCGAUUUGCGUCCGUUUUGCCAACUACCCGACUUGAGAAACCUCGUCUUUACGUGCACCCCAGACGGACAUUCCUUUGAGUCAGCAAGCGAAUGCCGUGUUUUACCGGCUAAACAAUCAGGCGACACGGAGCGAUUUGUCGAGGCCUACACGCGAUAUCCCUCCUUCGUGUACCGCGCCUUCACCCUGCCCGUGCGUGCAUUUGUACGGCCUCUGAGGCUCUUCUGCCCACGUCCAAACAUCCUCUUUGACGUGCAGUCUUGCGUCAAGACGGAAUCCACCGUGGCCCCCCUUCCCCCGUCGAUAGCCCUGGUCUCCCCGGGCUGCCUUAUCGCCGAUUCAGGAAAGCUGAAGGAACUCGAUCGACUUCUCUCCAAGCUGAAACUCGAAGGACAUCGCGUACUCCUCUACUCUCAGAUGACUAAAAUGAUCGAUCUACUGGAGGAAUUGAUGAUUUAUCGAGGAUAUGCGUACCUUCGUCUGGACGGCUCCUCGCGCCUCUCAGACCGCCGAGACAUGGUUGCCCAGUGGCAGACGGACCCGCGCUGGUUUGUCUUUCUCCUCUCCACACGAGCUGGCGGCUUGGGAAUCAACCUAACGGCUGCUGAUACCGUCAUCUUUUAUGAUUCGGACUGGAACCCCACCGUAGACCAGCAAGCUAUGGAUCGAGCGCAUCGACUGGGUCAGCUGAAGGCUAUCACAGUGUAUCGUCUGAUCUCCAAGUCCACCGUGGAAGGGAGGAUGUUACAAAGAGCAGAAGAGAAACGCGCGAUGCAACGAAUGGUCAUCUCAGGCGAUUCUUCGUCGGGCGACUCCUUUGUUCCGCAGGAUCGUGGAGAUCAAGGCAAAAUGACCCAAUCGGAAAUGGUCUCCCUCCUCCUAGAUGACGAAGAACUCGUCAAGAGACUCGCUCAGCGGAGGCGCACGCAACCACUCCGUGGCAGACCACCCGCCAUCAAGAAAGUCGAGCCGAUUUCAACUGGCGACGGUGCCGAGACCAGUGGUAGUUCUGCUGCGCCAAGCGUUGAGUCUAUCCUCAACCGAAAACGAAUGGCGGCUUGGGCCGAACGGGUGAGUUAG